AUGGAUGAUCUACCCAACGAUGCCCACUCCAAGGAAGUUGUGAGGCUCUGGAGAGCAUGGAAGACGGUGCACGAGAUGGUGGCCGACCGAGUACGAUUCGCCCUACAUUCUAGCAGCGCGAGCCACUCCACCAGGUUGAGAGCGAAUACGAGCUCGCCGAAGACGAAAUUAACAUCUCCCUCGACCGUUUCCGCAGCGAAUUCUGCAACCCCGACGGCACCGUCAAGUACGUCUCCCGCCACAUCAUACCCCGCGUUGUCGUCCCAAGUCUUCUGUCUAACAUUGUCCUCUCCCCCUUCCCCCAGCCGUGCCAAACUCCAGUUCUCUGCCCGCCCAUCCGACGCCAUGCUGCGCAAGCACACGCCGCCCGCCACCGACGCCAACCCGGACCCGGUGGCCGACUGCGGACCUAUAUGGGUCGAGUUUCUCGCCGACAAGCAGUUCGGUGUCGCCCAGAUUCGCCAGUUCGCAAAGUACACCAUCACCAAUCACUACAAAACGGGCAUCAUGGUCACCCACGUCGCCCUUUCCCCCGCCGCCCGCAAGUCGCUCGCCUCGGUCGAGAACCUGGCCAAGAUUGAGUGCUUCCUCGAGGACGACCUGCUCGUCAACAUUACCCACCACGAGCUCGUGCCCCGCCACGUCCUGCUCUCCCGCGAGGAAAAGAUUGCGCUUCUCAAGCGCUACCGCCUCAAGGAGACGCAGCUGCCCCGCAUCCUCGCCAAGGACCCCGUCGCUCGCUACCUCGGUCUGAAGCGCGGGCAGGUGGUCAAGAUUAUCCGCGCUCUGCGUCUAGGCUACGAGACGGAAAACAACGACGUUUACGACAGUGGCAAUGGCGGAGAGGAGAACAGAGACAAAGAAAUCAAGCAACAUAAAACAGAGGGGGAGGAGAGGACCGGAUCCAGAGAUGACUCAAUGUACAGUCUGAUUAGGCAGGAUUUCGCGGUAUUACAGGUCGGCGUUCUUAUGGGGGAUACAUUUUCACUUUUUUUUUCGACAUAA